AUGAAGUUUGGUGUGAACUUGCUGGACACAUCAACCAUCUAUGGGGACUGGGGCUGGCUCACGUAUCCGGCUCACGGGUGGGACUCCAUCAACGAGGUGGACGAGUCCUUCCGGCCCAUCCACACAUACCAGGUGUGCAACGUCAUGAGCCCCAACCAGAACAACUGGCUGCGCACCAGCUGGGUGCCCCGCGAUGGCGCCCGGCGCGUCUACGCCGAGAUCAAGUUCACCCUGCGCGACUGCAACAGCAUGCCCGGCGUGCUGGGCACCUGCAAGGAGACCUUCAACCUCUACUACCUGGAGUCGGACCGCGACCUGGGCGCCAGCACGCAAGAGAGCCAGUUCCUCAAGAUCGACACCAUCGCGGCCGACGAGAGCUUCACGGGCGCCGACCUGGGCGUGCGGCGCCUCAAGCUCAACACGGAGGUGCGCGGCGUGGGCCCGCUCAGCAAGCGCGGCUUCUACCUGGCCUUCCAGGACAUCGGGGCCUGCCUCGCCAUCCUGUCCCUCCGCAUCUACUACAAGAAGUGCCCCACCAUGGUGCGCAACCUGGCCGCCUUCUCGGAGGCGGUGACGGGGGCAGACUCCUCCUCGCUGGUGGAGGUGCGGGGCCAGUGCGUGCGGCACUCAGAGGAGCGGGACACGCCCAAGAUGUACUGCAGCGCCGAGGGCGAGUGGUUGGUGCCCAUCGGCAAGUGCGUGUGCAGCGCCGGCUACGAGGAGCGGCAGGAUGCCUGUGUGGGGCCACCCUCAGCACCAGUGAACCUCAUCUCCAGUGUGAAUGGGACCUCUGUGACCCUGGAGUGGGCCCCUCCACUGGACCCGGGCGGCCGCAGCGACAUCACCUACAACGCCGUGUGCCGCCGCUGCCCCUGGGCGCUGGGCCACUGCGAAAAGUGCGGGAGCGGCACCCGCUUCGUGCCCCAGCAGACCAGCCUGGUGCAGGCCAGCCUGCUGGUGGCCAACCUGCUGGCCCACAUGAACUACUCCUUCUGGAUCGAGGCCGUCAACGGCGUGUCGGACCUGAGCCCCGAGCCCCGCCAGGCCGCCGUGGUCAACAUCACCACGAACCAGGCAGCCCCGUCCCAGGUGGUGGUGAUCCGCCAGGAGUGGGCCGGGCAGACCAGCGUCUCGCUGCUGUGGCAGGAGCCCGAGCAGCCCAACGGCAUCAUCCUGGAGUACGAGAUCAAGUACUAUGAGGAGGUACCAGCCUCCGGGCCCCGCUAUGACACCCGGACCAUCGUUUGGAUCUGCCUGACCCUCAUCACCGGCCUGGUCGUGCUUCUGCUCCUGCUGAUCUGCAAGAAGAGGCACUGCGGCUACAGCAAGGCCUUCCAGGACUCGGACGAGGAGAAGAUGCACUAUCAGAACGGGCAGGCACCCCCACCUGUCUUCCUGCCCCUGCACCACCCGCGGGGGAAGAUCCCGGAGCCCCAGUUCUAUGCAGAACCGCACACCUAUGAGGAGCCGGGCCGGGCAGGCCGCAGCUUCACCCGAGAGAUCGAGGCCUCCAGGAUCCACAUCGAGAAAAUCAUUGGCUCGGGAGAGUCGGGAGAAGUUUGCUACGGGCGGCUGCGGGUGCCGGGGCAGCAGGAUAUGCUGGCCAUCAAGGCCCUCAAAGCCGGCUACACGGAGAGACAGCGGCGGGACUUCCUGAGUGAGGCGUCCAUCAUGGGUCAGUUUGACCACCCCAAUAUCAUCCGCUUGGAAGGCGUCGUCACGCGCGGCCGCCUGGCAAUGAUCGUGACCGAGUACAUGGAGAACGGCUCUCUGGACGCCUUCCUGAGGACUCACGACGGGCAGUUCACCAUCAUGCAGCUGGUGGGCAUGCUCCGAGGGGUGGGCGCCGGCAUGCGCUACCUCUCCGACCUGGGCUACGUCCACCGCGACCUGGCCGCCCGCAACGUCCUGGUGGAUGGCAACCUGGUCUGCAAGGUGUCCGACUUCGGGCUGUCUCGGGUCCUGGAGGACGACCCCGAUGCCGCCUACACCACCACGGGAGGGAAGAUCCCCAUCCGCUGGACAGCCCCUGAGGCCAUCGCCUUCCGGACCUUCUCCUCGGCCAGUGACGUGUGGAGCUUUGGUGUGGUCAUGUGGGAGGUGCUAGCCUACGGGGAGAGGCCCUACUGGAACAUGACCAACCGGGACGUCAUCAGCUCCGUGGAGGAGGGGUACCGCUUGCCAGCACCCAUGGGCUGCCCCCGGGCCCUGCACCAGCUCAUGCUUGACUGUUGGCACAAGGACCGGGCUCAGCGGCCUCGCUUUUCCCAGAUUGUCAGCAUCCUUGAUGCCCUGAUCCGCAACCCUGAGAGUCUCAGGACCACAGCCACGGUCAGCAGGUGCCCAGCCCCCGCCUUUGCCCGGAGCUGCUUUGACCUCCGAGGGGGCGGGGCUGGCAGCGGGGGCCUCACCGUGGGGGACUGGCUGGACUCCAUCCGAAUGGGCCGCUACCGGGACCAUUUUGCCGCUGGUGGUUACUCCUCGCUGGGCAUGGUGCUGCGAAUGAACGCCCAGGACGUGCGCGCCCUGGGCAUCACCCUGAUGGGCCACCAGAAGAAGAUCCUGGGCAGCAUCCAGACCAUGAGGGCCCAGCUGACCAGCACCCAGGGGCCCCGCCGGCACCUCUGA